AUGCCAUUGUGUGAUCGCAUAUAUCUGUAUCCCCAAUAUUGCUGGUCAGGCGAUAUUUCAUUCAUCGAGACAUCGAUCGUAAAUCAAACCCAAUUCACACCGCUAUCUGAAGCCCUAUGUAAAUGCGUUAAUGAACUCAAUUUAAGUCACAUUAGGGCUACUUUUGCUCUGAUAGUGAAAAGACUGCGAACAGAGUUUCCUAAUAUGGAGUUACCGUCAGAAAAGAUUUUGAAAAACUCAUUAAAAUCGUUGGUUCAGAACAAAAAACUUUUUUACGACAUUCAUAACGAUUGUUUCACCGCUUCCUCCCAUUCAUACCAAUACGACAACUCAUUGGAAGAGUUGGAGAGUCUAUCGCUUCGACGGCACCAACUCUUUACCGGUGAGGAAGCGUUUCAACGACUGCACGGAAAGCCGACCAAUCCGUACGGCUCCGAAGGCAGCUCUCAUAGCAAAAAGUCGUGGCCAACGAAACUAGACGUCGAUGACUAUCAUCGGAAGCGGAACUCCUUGGCCUCGACAGACCGAUCGUCUACUUAUACUCAACACAACAUUAAUAGUUAUUUAGAUAACAAAAGCGAUUCGCUAACCAAAUCGGCUCUCAGGCGAAGCUCUUCUCUUAGACUGGAAUCAAAUAAAAUGAAUAUCACAUCAAAUGAUGUGAGAAAUUCUGCAUUUAAAAGGAGUCGAUCUUUUAAAAUACAGCGAAAAAAGCACGACAUCUUUGAGCCCCAAGAGUCGAGCGCUUCCACUUCGGAGUCCACUUCAGAGAGUUAUAAAAGUAAAAGCGAUUCCAAUAGAAAGCAAUCAGUGUUGAGUAAAUUCCUGCGAUUGGGCACCUCUGGAGGCAAUGUCACUAAACCCAAAGCGUUUGCUUCAAAGUCGGCCAAUUUUUCGGCACAAUUCCCAGAAAUGAAUGGUGCGAUCGUUGCCUAUAAUAGCGACACAACGCGUAUGAAAUCGACGGCCACUCAGACAGUGAAGUGCGGACCUGAAGACUACGCCACUGUAAUCAUCAAACAGGCCAGUCGUCACGCAUUGGCUAAGAAUGGCUCUCACAGUCAAAAGCACGCGAAAGACAACGACUGCCGCAAUACUCGCUGUCAUUGUUUCGACAGAGAGUUAACUAAUGGUAAGCAUUGUGUGUCGACGUCGAGGGCUAGUAAGUCAUUAAACAAAUGCAAAUAUGGGAACAAAUUAGAGUUGUCGAGCACUCCUAGCACUGCCAUCGCUCCUAUCAGUCCGAUCUCUACCCCUAUUGAUGAGUGCCUUCUCUGUAAUUGUAAUUGCAAUCCGGAAAUACAGAAAAUUGAUUCUAAUAGACAGGACUUAACCAAUAAUAAUAAUUAUUGGUCUAAAACUAACCACCAGUUUCUCAAACAAUACAAUGGCUUAAAUGGAUUUGAUUAUAAGAAGACUAAACCAACUAAUGAUGGAUUAAGUAGUAAUUGUGAUCAAAGGACCACUACUUCACCACAUUAUAUGAGAUCUAGUUUUAGGGAACAGAAAGCGGUAGAUAUAGUGCCUGAGGAGAACUUGAAGGGCUAUCCAAUACAUCCAACGCCGAAAUAUACAGCCAGUGCUCACACAACCACUCGUCUCAACAACUCUAUGAAUCUCAAUGAAAGGCCUAAAGAAGAUAAUAAAAGCCAAUUAUUCAAUACAUGUUUGGAUUCACAGAAUGAUUGCCAAAACAAAUUCACACAAAAUUUCCCAUCGAAUCAAAACCAAUACAACGAUAAUAUGUAUAAUAAUAGCAAUUAUUGUGUCGAUAACUCCGUGAAUGUAAGGCUAGAGAUCGGGUCGACCGCCACCACGAAGAUUGAAGACCAGACCAGCGAUCAGACCAGAAGUGAUACCAAUCGUGUGACUCAAAGCCAUCGAAACACAACCAAAAUAGUCAGCUCUACAAACAUUCACUCGAGACUCGCCACCGAUGAGAUCCAAAUGGAUGCCAAACACCCAAUCCUCACAUCUGCCACAACCGUCACCACAACUAUGACUCUACCAAAUGUUUACACUAAUAACAAUCACAACAAUAUUAUCAAUGAUAAUGACAUCACGUUUGAUAAUAAGAUACUCGAUUGGAUCCAAACGCCUAACGAUGCGGCCAAUGGUAUCAAAAGCAUGAAACUCUCCAAUCAUGACAAAAGUCAUGCGAAGUCUAAUCUACUGAACAAACAAAACAAUCUUUUGAGCGAAAUUAAGAUCAAUUCAAUACCGCAUUUGAGUCCAAUUCGCCAGAAAGUGGCCAAAGCGAAGGCAGAGUUCUUCAACUCAGCCGGUCCUCAGUCUCCAGUGCCGGUCACUAACCUCUUGACGAUUGAUAAAUAGGCAUAAAAAACUUGUCUUCGUAUCUGAGAUACACAUUCAGACGAAACACAAGUUCUCAUGGGUUGGCGUUAUUUGCCUUUUCGUAUCUUUUUAUGUCAAACUCAUGUCUUAAUUAUUUGAUUAAUAAUUUUUCUUCUUUUAAAAAUUCUUCUACUCUUUCGGUAAACGAAAGAUGUUUUUUGAAUGAAUUUCUUUUCAAAUUAUAAAUUAUAUCCAAUUUAAACGAAAC